CAGCGUCCCGUACUUAUGACGUCAAAUCGUUUCCUGGCGCGUGGCGGUGUGGAACCGGAAGCGGUGACUCAGUCAAACAUGGCGGAGUACAGUCAGGCGGGCCUCCUGGCGGCUCUGCUGCUCUUCACCGCCCUCACGGCCCGGGACGUUUAUCUUGGCAGAUCGAGCCCCCAGCGCGGACACUCUCCGGCCGACGGCCCCGACCUCUCCUCGUCCACAGAGCCCGGCAAAGCCGCCAAACCCUCCCUGUACACCGGCCCGGUGCUCAGGUUCCAGUACUGUAUCUCCUGAGGUUACAGCAGAGUGUUCCAGGACUACUCUCUCACCAUCAGCAAACUGUACCCAGACGUCCGCAUCGAGGGAGAAAACUACCCCCCCUCCCCCUUCAACAGGUGUGUCGGUCACAUGACCUCCUAUUUGAAGCUCAUCUCCAUCCUACUGAUCGUCAGCGGGCAGAACCCCUUCAUGCUCCUCGGCCUCCAGACUCCCCGAGCCUGGAUCUGGAGUCAAGACAACAAGGUAUCUAUUACCUCUGUUACUGUGGCAACUGAUGCGACUAUCUCCCCGUCUCCUCUAGGGCUGUCA